GUCACGAGUCACGGGAUCACAUGAAAGAGGCUGCUAUCAGAUGUUCGUGACUUCUGUGAUCGUGUACUUUCAGAGUGGUUCAAGUUAUAUAAUCAUGGCUAGCAAAGCGAAAAAUCCUAGAAUUAGUCCUGGCGAAGAACUCGAUACCCAUAAUGGUUCUGCAAAGGCGAAUGGUGUGAAACGCAAAAUGGAGAAGCAACAUUAUUCAAAAGACGAGUCUGUUCUCCUACGAGGAAAAUUGAUAGGACGUGCCACUCAACUUCACUACCCAGAGAACCCACUGAAAAUUACAUAUGCUUGUGGCCAGUAUAUGUAUGAUGAAGAAGGAAGGAAGUACUUAGACUGCAUGAACAAUGUAGCUCAUGUGGGGCACUGUCAUCCACAUGUUGUUAAGGCUGGACAAUACCAAAUGGAAAAACUUGAGACAAAUAGCAGAUUUGUCCAUGAUGAAUUGCUGAUCUAUGCCAAAAGGCUAACAUCCCUUCUACCAAAGAAGCUGUCUGUUUGCUUUCUUGUGUGCACAGGGACUGAGGCAAAUGAUUUGGCACUUCGUUUGGCAAGAACAUACACUAAGCACAAUGAUGUAAUUGUGCUUGACAGAGCUUAUCAUGGGCAUUCUACUGCAAUGAUUGAUAUAAGCCCGUACAAGUUCAAGAAGCUGCAUUCUAAACAAGAGUUUGUGCAUGUAUGCCCCUGUCCAGACACCUACAGGGGGUUGCAUCGUGGGAACGAUGAGGCGCACUUGUCCAGUUUAUAUGUCAACGAAUUUGCAAAGAUAGUUAAUGAUGCAGAACAAGACGGGAGAGGGAUCGCCGCAUUUUACGCAGAAUCAUUACAGAGUUGCGGCGGGCAGAUCAUCUACCCUUCAGGUUUCUUGGCCAGUGCUUUCAAACAAACGAGAAAACACGGCGGUGUCUGCAUAUCUGACGAGGUGCAAGUUGGUUUUGGCAGAGUUGGAAAAGCCUUUUGGGGUUUUCAAAUUCAUGGUGUUGAACCUGAUAUUGUUACAAUUGGGAAGCCAAUGGGUAAUGGCCACCCGGUGUCAGCCGUCGUAACUACUCAAGAAAUUGCCGAUGCCUUCGAAAAAACUAAUGUCGCUUACUUCAAUACUUUUGGAGGAAAUCCUGUGUCUUGUUCCAUUGCAAAUGCAGUAUUGGAUGUCAUCGAGGAUGAAGAUUUACAGCAACAUGCAAAGAAUCUAGGAGAUUAUUGGAUUCAGAGGCUAAAUGAGCUCAAAGACCUGUAUCCAGUAAUUGGAGAUGUGAGGGGAGUUGGUCUCUUUAUUGGAAUUGAGUUGGUCAAAGACAGAGUAGAUCGCGAACCUGCAGCCGAGGAAGCGAAGAAAAUUGUCUACAAGAUGAGGGAAAAUGGUGUUUUAAUCAGUGCUGAUGGACCAGAUGAAAAUGUUUUGAAGAUAAAGCCACCAAUGGUCAUAAAACAAGAAGAUGUUGACCACUUUAUGAACGUGUUUGAAAAGGUUUUUAAAGAGUUGCUUGUUUAGAUCAUGUUUUAUGCAUGUGUCAUAAACAUAUUAUGUUACCUAUAUUUACAGGCAUAUAAUGUCCGUUAACUUGCAAAUUGUUGGUAGAUUACGUGAAUAGUUGUGAUUCUCUUCGUUUUUUUUUCGAUUAAAAGAUAGCAUUUUAAUAUUUCUAGCUUAUUUUUGUUGCUUAAUAAAGAUGAAUUUUAUUAUGUUGAGUGAAAAAAGACGAGUUUUAUAA